CCCCCCCCUCAAACCUCACCGCGCCGCGGACAGCCCGCCCCCGCCGCCCGCCCGGGAGGAGCCCGCAGCGGCCCCGCCGCCCCCUGACCCUGAGGGAGACCCGGCCGCUGCGAGGGCCCGCUUCGAGGUUUUGUAGCGCUUCCCGAGCAUGAGUUCAGAAUGAAGCGGCGAUUGGAUGAGCAGGAGUCACCCGUGUACGCGUCGCAGCAGAGACGUAUCACCAGCAGCACCGAAGCUUUUCAACACCAGCACCGCGUGCUUGCCCCGGCGCCUCCGGUGUAUGAGGCGGUUUCGGAGACCAUGCAGUCUGCCACGGGGAUUCAGUACUCGGUAACUCCCAGCUACCAGGUGUCGGCCGUGCCGCAGAGCUCGGGCAGCCACGGGCCAGCCAUCGCAGCCGUCCACAGCGGCCACCACCACCCCGCGCCGGUGCAGCCCCACGGGAGCCAGGUGGUGCAGAGCCACACUCACCCCACGCCGCCAGCCGUGCCCGUGCAGGGGCAGCAGCAGUUCCAGAGGCUCAAGGUGGAGGAUGCUCUGUCUUACCUUGACCAGGUGAAGCUGCAGUUUGGUAGCCAGCCACAGGUCUACAAUGACUUCUUGGACAUUAUGAAGGAAUUUAAAUCUCAAAGUAUUGACACUCCAGGAGUGAUCAGCCGCGUAUCGCAGCUCUUCAAGGGCCACCCAGACUUGAUCAUGGGUUUCAACACCUUCUUGCCGCCUGGUUACAAGAUCGAGGUGCAGACGAAUGAUAUGGUGAACGUGACGACACCGGGGCAGGUUCACCAGAUCCCCACUCACGGCCUGCAGCCCCAGCCGCAGCCCCAGCCGCAGCAUCAGUCGCAGCCGUCAGCGCAAUCAACCCCAACACCAGCACAGCCGGCGCCGCAGCCACCACCUGCCAAAAUCAGUAAGCCAUCACAGUUGCAGGCACAUACUCCCGCCAGCCAGCAAACUCCCCCGAUUCCACCAUACGCAUCACCGCGCUCCCCACCAGUCCAACCUCAUACGCCUGUGACAAUCUCCCUGGGAACCACACCAUCCCUGCAGAACAAUCAGCCUGUGGAGUUUAAUCAUGCCAUCAACUAUGUCAACAAGAUCAAGAAUCGGUUCCAGGGACAACCAGACAUCUACAAAGCCUUCCUGGAGAUCCUCCAUACGUAUCAGAAAGAGCAGCGUAACGCCAAGGAGGCGGGAGGUAACUACACGCCGGCUUUGACGGAGCAGGAGGUGUACGCGCAGGUGGCUCGCCUCUUCAAGAACCAGGAGGAUCUGCUCUCGGAGUUUGGGCAGUUCCUGCCUGAUGCCAACAGCUCUGUGCUGUUAAGUAAGACAACUGCAGAGAAAGUGGAAUCGGUAAGAAAUGAUCACGGUGGCACGGUGAAGAAGCCACAGCUCAACAACAAACAGCAAAGACCCAACCAGAAUGGCUGUCAGAUCCGACGGCACUCGGGAACUGGAGCAACCCCUCCGGUGAAGAAGAAACCAAAGCUGCUUGGUUUAAAAGACCAGUCUUUGGCAGAAGCCAGCAAACAUGGUGUGGGGACAGAAUCUCUCUUCUUUGAGAAGGUCCGCAAAGCUCUGCGUAGCACAGAGGCGUAUGAAAACUUCCUUCGCUGCCUGGUUAUUUUCAACCAGGAGGUGAUCUCCCGAGCCGAGCUCGUGCAGCUAGUUUCUCCAUUCCUGGGGAAAUUCCCAGAAUUGUUCACUUGGUUUAAAAACUUUCUGGGAUAUAAAGAGUCUGUUCACAUGGAGACGUAUCCGAAGGAACGGGCUACCGAGGGGAUUGCCAUGGAGAUUGACUAUGCCUCCUGUAAAAGACUGGGCUCCAGCUACCGAGCCUUACCCAAGAGCUACCAGCAACCCAAGUGCACGGGGCGGACUCCGCUGUGUAAAGAGGUAUUGAAUGACACCUGGGUCUCCUUCCCGUCCUGGUCCGAAGAUUCCACAUUCGUGAGCUCCAAGAAGACGCAAUAUGAAGAGCACAUCUACAGGUGUGAGGAUGAGCGUUUUGAGCUGGAUGUUGUCUUGGAGACCAACCUGGCAACGAUCCGCGUCCUUGAGGCAAUCCAAAAGAAACUCUCGCGCUUGUCUGCCGAGGAGCAGGCCAAAUUCCGGCUGGACAACACUCUGGGUGGCACUUCAGAGGUGAUCCACCGCAAGGCUCUCCAGAGGAUAUAUGCUGACAAAGCAGCCGACAUCAUUGAUGGACUUCGGAAGAACCCAUCUGUGGCUGUUCCCAUUGUACUGAAAAGGUUAAAGAUGAAAGAGGAGGAGUGGCGAGAAGCCCAGAGAGGAUUUAAUAAAGUCUGGCGAGAGCAGAAUGAGAAGUAUUACCUGAAAUCCUUGGACCACCAGGGCAUCAACUUCAAGCAGAACGAUACCAAGGUCCUGAGGUCAAAGAGUCUCCUCAAUGAGAUUGAAAGCAUCUAUGAUGAGAGGCAAGAGCAGGCUUCAGAAGACAAUGCUGGAGUCCCCACAGGCCCACACCUAUCGCUAGCCUAUGAAGACAAGCAGAUCCUGGAAGACGCUGCCUCUCUCAUCAUCCACCAUGUGAAGCGGCAGACGGGGAUCCAGAAAGAGGACAAGUACAAAAUCAAGCAGAUCAUGUAUCACUUCAUUCCAGACCUGCUGUUUGCUCAGCGAGGUGAACUCUCGGAUGUGGAAGAGGAGGAGGAAGAGGAAAUGGAUGUGGACGAAGCUACUGGGGCUGCAAAAAAGCACAAUGGUGUUGGGGGCAGUCCUCCCAAAACCAAGCUGAUGUUCAACAACACGACAGCCCAGAAGCUGCGGGGCAUGGAUGAGGUCUACAAUCUCUUCUACGUGAACAGCAACUGGUACAUAUUCAUGCGGCUGCAUCAGAUCCUGUGCUUGCGGCUGCUGAGGAUCUGCACCCAGGCCGAGCGGCAGAUCGAAGAGGAGACGCGGGAAAGGGAGUGGGAGAGGGAAGUGCUGGGCAUAAAGCGAGACAAGAGCGACAGUCCUGCCAUCCAGCUGCGACUGAAGGAGCCUAUGGACAUCGAUGUUGAGGAUUAUUACCCGGCCUUCCUGGACAUGGUGCGCAAUCUCCUGGAUGGGAACAUGGACUCGUCGCAGUACGAGGACUCCUUGCGUGAAAUGUUCACCAUUCACGCCUACAUCGCCUUUACCAUGGACAAGCUGAUCCAGAGCAUUGUUCGACAGCUCCAGCACAUAGUGAGCGAUGAGAUCUGCGUGCAGGUGACAGACCUCUACCUGUCAGAGAACAACAACGGAGCAACAGGAGGUCUUCUCGCUUCCCAGUCUUCUCGUGCUCUUCUGGAGGCCACGUACCAGCGCAAAGCCGAGCAGCUCAUGUCGGAGGAGAACUGCUUCAAGCUGAUGUUCAUUCAGAGCAGAGGUCAAGUUCAGUUAACCAUUGAACUGCUGGACACGGAAGAGGAGAACUCUGAUGACCCUGUAGAAGCAGAGCGCUGGUCGGACUACGUGGAGCGGUACGUCAACUCCGACUCUACCUCCCCCGAGCUCCGGGAGCACCUGGCCCAGAAGCCCGUCUUCCUGCCGAGGAAUCUGAGGCGGAUCCGUAAGUGUCAGCGUGGUCGGGAGCAGCAGGAGAAGGAAGGGAAGGAGGGAAACAGUAAGAAGUCCAUGGAGAACGUGGAGAGCUUGGACAAGCUGGAGUGUAAAUUCAAACUGAACUCCUAUAAGAUGGUGUACGUGAUCAAAUCGGAGGAUUACAUGUACAGGAGGACCGCUCUGCUGCGAGCUCAGCAGUCCCACGAAAGAGUGAGCAAGCGACUGCACCAGCGGUUCCAGGCCUGGGUGGACAAAUGGACCAAGGAGCACGUGCCCCGCGAAAUGGCAGCCGAGACAAACAAGUGGCUAAUGGGCGAAGGGUUGGAGGGCUUGGUGCCCUGCACCACCACCUGUGACACAGAGACCCUGCACUUUGUGAGCAUUAACAAGUACCGCGUCAAAUACGGCACGAUAUUCAAGACACCGUAAAAAUCCCCCGGGGCGAGGGAAGAGCCCGGGAGAUGUGUGUGUGUGUGCGCGCAUCAAGGAAAGGAGGAAGAUGCCUUUCUCCCCCCUCACUGUGUGUCUCCGUAACAUGGCCACUUGACUAGUGCGUGGCUGGUACAACCUGUCACCAGCGGGAUUCCCCGUAGGGACGCGGAUCUCCGCCGGCGCCCGCUGGGACCGUGGGCCAGCGGCCCCUGGACUUCGGCACGCGUCCCCGGAGGGCGGGAAGGGACCCUUCUCUGAACUGAGCCACCCCAGAGAAACACAACGAGCUCGUACACACCAGCAGUGUGGAGGCUUUGACUCCCCGGAGGCCCCGAGCGGCGAGGGAAGAGAACCGGAGGCUCUCCACGACCGGACCGCUUGGAUGUGUCCCAAAAUCCCCAGGUGCCUGUCGCGACCGGAUUCUCCUCCCUUCACGCUGCCGCCGCCGGCCCGCCGGGCUCCUGCGGGGCCGUGGGGCAGCCCCACGCCAGCCACCUCACGGAGCGGGCCCCCGGUUCCUCCCGCCUCCCUCUCCUCCCUCCCAGGCUGGACUCACCCCGUGCAGAUCGGUCUGUCCUUUCUAGUGCCAGUGGAACUGUUUAGUUUUUUGGGGGUUUGUUUUUUGUUUUUGCUUUUUUUUUUGUUUGUUUGUUUUUUUUUUUUUUUUUUUUUGUACCUGCUUGUUUACUAGUCUCUCCUAGUGCCAUGCACCAGCUUUUCACACACAUGUACGUACACACACACAAAACAGAGAACAACACGAUUUUAACAUGUUCCCCUCCUUUUUUGUAAAUAAAUGUACAAAUUGUCAAUUUUGGGUUUUUUUUUUUUUUUGGUUGGUUUUUGUUUUCGUUUUGUUUUGUUUUGUUUUUUAAUUAAAGGAAGUAUGCUUGAUGUGCUAGCAUAACUGUACCUAGCUUCUUGUGUACCAUAGUACCAGGUGGCUUGAGAAUUAGUACCGACAGACAGACCGACGGAGACAUUUAUUACACUUUUUACCAAAGGGAGUUAUCAUUGUAGUGCUUUUGUGUGGAAACUUUUUUCUCCUUUUUUUGUAAAUAAAAAUAAUGUCUUUGUUCUUAACUGGAGGAAGACACUCGCUCACCCACAGCCCUGUUCCUGGUCUGAAAGGCACCGUGCAGCAUGCAGUUUUUGGGGUGGGGAAGGGGAGGGGGGGCACAUCCGACCAUUUUGUAUGAAUGGUUUCACAAUCUGAGAGGAAAAAGCAGAGGCAGCGCGUGCGUUCGGCGGUUAACACAACCGAGGUAUAAGCAGCCUGUUAAGAUAUAUAAAUAUAUAGUAUAUAAUUUUAAAAUUUUUAAUUUUUGUUUUUCCUGGUGGGUAAUUUUUAUCCACCUAGUCUUCCGGCUCCAAGGACCUUCGCUUUUGGGAAGUGUUGCUGAGCUAUUUAGCUGGGGUUGAUUGUGCUGAUGUAUUUUUCCCUCUCAGUAUUGGAGAAAACAUCAUCUGAAGUACCAAACCAGUAUUUGAUAGAGCUGCUCUGCGUGUGUGUUUGUGUGCGUGCGUGCGUGCGAGAGAAGGGCGAGGGGCUGGGGCGGGUCUCGGUGCAUUUCACUAGUGAAAUCCGCAUAUGGGAUAUAUAUUUUUUUAAGUAUAGAAGUUUAGCGCUGGCAGAUAUUUAAAACACGGGGGAAGAUUCCGAUUUUAAAAAAAAAAAAAAAGAGAAGUCGGCACGGACUUCGUAAGCCACGACAGACACAACUGCACUGUCUCUCCUCCUCAAAGGAGGCAGCUUUCCUUGCACAAACCCAUGCUGCCAGUCCUAAGCACCCAAAACGGCCUCCGUCGUCCCAUCAACCUCUCCCAGGGAUUUAUUUUUUUUUUUUUCCCAAGCCAGCAGGCAGUCUCCUCCCGGCACCGGCGAGGCCGGGGAGCGGGUCCGGAGGGGGACCACUACUCAUUGGCAGCCACCGUGCAGCAGGCAGAUGGUGAACGGGAGCCUCCUAUGGAGAGAGGGAAAGCCAGGGAAGAGCCCAGCGGGGAUUACUCACAGUUUGCCAGCAAUAAAUUCCCUGUCUCGUUUCUCCUCCCUCGCUGUAACCAGGCAGGAAGGGGCUCUGGCACAUCCUCUUCCAUUUCAAAGGUUUCACGCGCACUCCCUUGCUCUCUAUUUCCAACACGUCCCCCCCUCUUUUUUUUUUUAUUUUUUUAUUUUUUUAUUUUUUAUUCCCCUGUUGUAUGCUCAAGGUGAUCUGGAAGUGAAAAUCUUGGGUGAUUUAGACUCUUGACCAGCUCGGAAGCGAACAGCCGCUGCUGCUCGGUGGGUGUCUUGUCCCGGGAGCCGGUGUCAGCGAGCGCGAGGGGGGCUGGCGUGGACCCCCGGGACACGCUGCCUUCGGCGCCCCCCGCCCUCCGUCCCGCACCCCAGCUCUGCUCCCAGCCUGUACAAUAGCAGAGGUUUGGUUUGGGUUUUUUUUUGGUUUGGUUUUUUUUUUUUUUUUCUUUCUAUUUGAACUCGCUUUUUGUAUUCUGUAACGUGAUCCUCGGCCCACAAUCCAUGUGAUUUCUAUACAAAUGUUGUAAACUUGACUGUAGUGCAGUAUUUCCAUUAAAAUAUCAGGGCUAA